CAAUUCGCUCUUGAGUGCAGAAAGGAACUUGCAGGUCUGCGAAGCUGUCUGUCGGCGCUGGAGGCGUGGAGUCGUUCGGUCCUUUCACCCCGCUGCUCUAGGCCGAGGGAAGCUGAGUUGUGUAGGACCGGGUGAAGUCGAGCAGAAGCGCAUAGUUAAGCCUCUGUGUCUCAAAUCGGAAUUGUUGCAACUGGCUCCUGGCAGUGCUAAGCAGUUCAUCUUGGUUUAUUGUUUUCCCAUUCUGAUUGUAUCAUGGAAAACCAAUUGUCUAAAUCAGUUGAAGAGCGAACAUUCCAGUACCAAGAUACUCUUCCAUCAUUGCCUGUUCCUUCACUUGAAGAGUCACUGAAAAAGUACCUUGAAUCAGUAAUGCCAUUUGCAAAUGAAGAAGAAUAUAAGAAAACUGAAGAAAUAGUUCAAAAAUUUCAAAAUGGAGUUGGAGAAAAAUUGCACCAGAAAUUACUUGAAAGGGCAAAAGGAAAACGAAAUUGGAUGGAAGAAUGGUGGCUGAAUACUGCCUACCUGGAUGUUCGCAUGCCAUCACAACUGAAUGUCAACUUUGCAGGUCCUUCUGGCCUUUUUGAACACUUAUGGCCUCCAAAGGAAGGCACUCAGCUAGAAAGAGGAAGUGUGAUUCUUUGGCAUAACUUGUGUUACUGGCAGCUGCUAAGAAAAGAAAAAGUGCCUGUACAUAAAUCUGGAAAUACUCCUCUAGAUAUGCAUCAGUUUCGAAUGCUGUUUUCUACCUGCAAGGUUCCAGGAAUUACUAGAGAUUCAAUUAUGAAUUAUUUUAGGACUGAGAGUGAAGGACAUUCUCCAAGUCACAUUGCUGUGUUAUGUCGAGGCAGAGUUUUUGUCACUGAUGUAAUGUAUGAAGGAUGUUUAAUCACCCCACCAGAACUUCUCAGGCAACUGACAUAUAUCUACAAGAAAUGCUGUAGUGAACCUGAUGGACCUGGCAUAGCAGCAUUAACUAGUGAGGAGCGAACAAGAUGGGCUAAGACACGAGAAUAUCUGAUUGAUCUUGAUCCAGAGAACUUGACUUUGCUAGAAAAAAUUCAGUCCAGUUUACUGGUAUACUCCAUAGAGGAUGGCAGUCCACACGCAACAGCAGAAGAUUAUUGUCAGGUCAUUGAAAGACUCCUCACUGGAGAUCCAACAGUACGCUGGGGUGACAAAUCCUAUAACUUGAUUUCUUUUUCUAAUGGAGUGUUUGGCUGUAAUUGUGAUCAUGCUCCUUAUGAUGCCAUGGUUAUGGUCAACAUUGCCCAUUAUGUUGAUGAGAGAAUUUUAGAGAGUGAAGGAAGAUGGAAGGGUUCAGAUAAAGUACGGGAUAUACCACAUCCAGAGGAGCUUGUUUUCACUGUGGAUAAAAAAGUACUAAAUGAUAUCAGUAAUGCUAAAGCCCAACAUCUCAAACAGUCCUCUGAUGUACAGAUUGCAGCAUAUGCCUUCACAUCUUUUGGCAAAAAGCUCACAAAGAAGUAUUCGCUUCACCCUGACACAUUUAUUCAGCUUGCACUUCAGCUGGCUUAUUACAGACUUCAUGGACGCCCUGGUUGCUGCUAUGAAACAGCCAUGACAAGAUAUUUUUAUCAUGGCCGUACAGAGACUGUGCGGUCCUGUACAGUGGAGGCAGUCAGGUGGUGCCAGUCCAUGCAUGACCCUUCUGCCAGUCUUCUUGAGCGGCAGAACAAGAUGUUGGAAGCUUUUGCAAAGCAUAACAAAAUGAUGAAAGAUUGUUCAACCGGAAAAGGAUUUGACCGUCACCUUUUAGGUCUUUUACUAAUAGCCAAAGAUGAAGGUCUCCCUGUUCCAGAACUCUUCACUGACCCCCUUUUCUCCAGAAGUGGAGGAGGUGGAAAUUUUAUUCUCUCAACAAGCCUGGUUGGUUAUCUGCGGAUCCAAGGAGUUGUGGUUCCCAUGGUGUAUAAUGGGUAUGGUUUUUUUUACCACAUCAGAGAUGACAGGUUUGUUGUGGCCUGUUCUGCCUGGAAAUCAUGUACGGAGACAGAUGCAGAGAAGCUAGUCCGGCUGAUUUUUCAUGCUUUCCAUGAUAUGAUGCUGCUGAUGAACAGUGCUCAUCUUUAGAGACUAAGCUUCAAAUGUCUCACUGAGUGAGGUACUGAGAUUAGGCUGGUGAUGAGAUAGAAUUAAAAGUUGACUUAAAGGAAGCUUGAUAAAUACAGAAAUUUGUAGAAUCAUGCUUUCUAAAUUUACUCUACCAUAGAAGGUAGAACUAUUUUAAAGUUUUCUAUUGUGCAACAGCAAUGCAAAUCAUGAUAUAGUGACUAUAGAACUAUGCAAUGUUUCAUUCUCAACAAUGCAAGCCUACCAAUUUUAACAAUGCAAAUCUUAUUGUAAUUUAAAAAAUAUUUUUGUUGGUAUUUGUAUAAGAUAUAAGACCUCUUGGAACAUAAUUGUAGAGUCAAUUUUUGAAGCACUUUAACAUUUUCUAAUUGCCAAAGGGUAUAAACUGCAUACUUAAAUGCUAAUUUCCCUAAAACCAGUGCCUUCCACACAAAAAUCUGUCCAAGCAUAUUAUGUUUGAUGAGAAAACCACUACAGUUCAGUAGUGAUGUAAAAUAGUCUCUUGAACAGAUAUAAGAAAUAGGGUGUAGUAGAGAGGUUAUAUUCUGUAAUACAGAAACAGAAAUCCUAAUGGAACUCAUUGUAGUUCAUUGUAAUUAGCUUUGUGACUGCUAAAAUAAGCACUUGUAUUUAAAUCUAAUUGUUAUAGUUAGUGAGAUUUGAAGAAUUAAGUGUUGAAUCAAGUACUCAGGAUUUUAUAAUUGUUUUCUCCUUAUUGUAUGUAGUUCUGUUCUCAAAAAAUAAA